AUGCCGGAGCAUGUGAGGGCUGGCAGCGCGGGCGGUGGCGUGACGCUGUCGGCCGAGCCGUCGUGCUGCGGAGCCGCCGACGAGGACGGGGACGGGGGCGACUCGGCGGAGCCCCUGGAGGAAGCGGCCUGCUUCUACGGCGCCGUCAGCCGCGAGACGGCCGAGUGGAUCCUCUGGGAGCGGGGAUGCGCCGACGGCCUGUACCUGCUGCGCCGAAGCGGGCCCGACUACGUGCUCUCGCUCUGCUUCGACCGCAGCGUGCUACACUACCGGAUACGAAGGCUCGCAGGGGCAGGCGUGGAGUUGUGCGGCCUACCGGGCCAGCAGUUCCGCGACCCGUGGGCCCUGCUCGAAGGCGUACAAGGUCUUGCCACGAGGCCCUCACUGCCUUGCAACCGGGCCAGGGACGCCAUGCUGCCGCCCACACACUGGGGUCUCUCUGACGACACCGUGCGCGCCUUCAUGCUCCUGAAGGCGCGGCAGUGGGGCAUGGACGAGCAGCAGCUGGAUGGGAGCCCCACGCCUCCGUCGCCGCAAGGAGUGCGUCCCGAAGGCAGCCCUGGUCCCGGCGACCUACGGUCGCUACUGAGCAAAACCCUGCACGAGAUACAACCCUGGUUCCACGGACGGCUCAGUCGAGCCGACGCCGAGAGGCGACUGCAGGACGCCGGCCACCUGGACGGGCGAUUCCUUGUCCGUGAGCGGGACGACAGCAGCUACGCCCUGUGCCUCAGCCACGGCGGUUCGGUGAAGCACUACAAGGUGGACGUGACACCUAGCGGCGAGUUCGCCAUCCAGGACGGGCAGCGCUUCCCCAGCAUUAUGUCGCUGAUCAGCCACUACACCCUCUUCAGCGACGGCCUCUGGUGCCCGCUGACCGAAGCGUGCGUGCGCCCCGACUGCCACCUGGCGGUCAAGCCGGCCAGCACUGUCAGCAGGGCGGAGCAACGGAGGAGCUUCGCGGCGACCACCACCACUACCACGCGCACGGGCAUCCUCAAUCGGCUCGUCGCUAGCAUCACGCCACAGCAAGCGAUGGAGCGAUCGCGGACCAUGCCUCGGCUUCGAGCACCGUCACGGCUUUCCUGUUCGUCGCCACCCCCACAGCACCAACACCACCUACCGGCGGCCUCCACCGCGGCGACCAUCGGCUGCCACCACUCCUCGUCGGGCGCGCACACCUCGUCGGGCGGUGGCCGGCGCUCGGCCACGGGCAGCCGGCUGCACAAGGCUUCCAGCUUUGACCAUUUGCUGCCAGGCUUCAUCAGCUACCUAUUCUCGGGAGACGGAGAUCGUAAGACAUUGCGCCGCAAGAGCUCGGGCGGCAAGCGGCUACCGGAGAUGGAGCAAACCCUUCCACGCCGGGUGCCGUCGGUGCCGUCCGAGUAUUCGUGCGAGCGUCCCGUGCCGGCGCCGCGUCACUCGCUGGCGCGCCGGGAUUACCAGGAGGACCCCGUGUACGCGAACCGGCAGGCGCUGCUGCGGCGAGCGGCCGCUGCAGCAGCCGCUUCUGCUGCUGCGUCCGCCGAGUCCGGAACGGAGGCUGCCGUCCCUGACGAGACAACCCAAGUGGAUGAGAAACCCGCCCAAGAAGAGUUGGCCCCGCUGAUCGAGCUCGAGAGCCCGCCUCCAGGUCCUCCAACCCCGGUGUCAUCGUCCUCGGGGCCCAACCCUGGCGGCCCUUGUCGGCGAAGCGCCUCCUCUCCCAGCGUGGCCACGCGAGCACUCAUGCUCUCCGAUCUGGACUCGUUCCCUCAGCCGGUGCCACUGCCCGACGAAGCCCGAAGUCCGUCUCCCACACUCAUACUCUUCUCGGAGUGCGGCGACCUGGAGGACGGCCCGUACGAAGAGAUCGACUCUGCCGGAAGCCUCUCAGACUCAGCCACGCUCCCCGGGUCGGACAGUGGUGGCGGAGGCAGUCCGGCCAGCGGCUGCCUCAUCGACGUCUCCCAGGAGGACGACGCUCCUCUCCCCAAAGACAAGGACUCGAGCGCGCCGGCGUCGCCCGAGAGAUACCUGCCCCCGGGACCCGGCUCAGACGGUGGUCUCAAACCAUGGCUGUCUAAAGAGGAGUCCGAGUCAGCUUACCAGGCCAUGAAGCGCUUCGUCAGCGGACCCAUGAGCCUCGAUCCCAAGCUUAUCGUCCUCAAGGACAGAAUCGGCGUCGGCAACUUUGGCGAAGUGCACCGCGCCUUGUUCGGCAGCGGACCCGUGGAAGUCCAGAUAGCGGUGAAGAGGCUCAGGGACACGAUAGUGGGAGAUCACAAGGAGGAAAUCAUGAACGAGGCGCAGACCAUGGCACAACUGGAUCACCCGCACAUCGUUCGGCUCAUCGGGAUAUCCCAGGGGCAGUCGCUUAUGUUGGUCAUGGAGCUGGCUCCCCUUGGGCCCCUAAACCGUUUUCUCAGGCUUAACAGAUCCCAGCUCCGGCAGGACGGCGCCGGCCGAGUGCUGGCGCUGGCGUCGCAAGUGUGCGGCGCCAUGGCGUACCUGGAAGCGAGACAGCUCGUCCACCGGGACCUGGCCGCGCGCAACGUCCUCCUGGUCAACGACCGCUUCGUCAAGGUCUCAGACUUCGGCAUGACGCGAGCGCUGGGUUCCGGCAAGGACUACUACAAGGCGCAGGCGGCUGGCAAGUGGCCUCUCAGGUGGUACGCGCCAGAGUGCAUCUACUUCUUCAAGUUCAGCACCAAGUCGGACGUGUGGAGCUUUGGCGUUACCCUCUGGGAGGCCAUGUCCUACGGCGAGAGGCCCUACCAAGGUCUGGCGGGCCAGAGCAUACUGGCAAUGCUGGAAAGUGGCAAGCGACUAGAACAGCCUGACGACUGUCCUGAGCGAGUUUACCAAUUGAUGCAAUCCUGUUGGCAGUACAAGCCCGAUGACCGACCCACGUUCACUGAAAUCUGCGCCACGCUACGGGAGGCGCUAGAAGACUGCACCUGACUGGGCGCUCAUGACGCGACCAACGGAACCAACUGUCCGAGUGGUGCGAGCGCCAACGGCUCAGACGCUGCCAUCAACCCGUCGUCAGCGGUACAGCCGGCCCCCGAGCCGGGAGCACAGUACCUCAAGGCACCGAUCUGUGAUGUUGUUACCGCUCUUUGAGACUCGGGAAGGCGUCGCCUCCCACGUACGCAAAACCGUCGACAAAUGCUCACGGCACUUCACCUUUGCUGCAUCGCCGGUCGGCUGGUCAGUGCGAGGGGCGUGUUAUUGGGAAAACGUUCUAUCUCUUUACGAACAGCACUCCGAGAGCAGCAGCUUAUGAGGCCAAGAAAAAACGCUUUCGUUUUCUGAGCCGCGAUGAUACC